UGCGUGUUGAAGGGCGACGGCCCAGUGCAGGGCACCAUCAAUUUCGAGCAGAAGGAAAGUAAUGGACCAGUUAAGGUGUGGGGAAGCAUUGAAGGAUUGGCUGAAGGCCUGCAUGGAUUCCACAUUCAUCAGUUUGGAGAUAAUACACAAGGCUGUACCAGUGCAGAUCCUCACUUUAAUCCUCUAUCCAGAAAACAUGGUGGGCCAGAGGAUGAAGAGAGGCAUGUUGGAGACCUGGGCAAUGUGACUGCUGGUAAAGACGGUGUGGCCAAUGUGUCAAUUGAAGACACUGGGAUCUCACUCUCAGGAGACCAUUCCAUCAUUGGCCGCACGUUGGUGGUCCAUGAAAAAGCAGAUGACUUGGGCAAAGGUGGAAAUGAAGAAAGUACAAAGACAGGAAACGCUGGAAGUCGUUUGGCUUGUGGUGUCAUUGGGAUCACCCAAUAAACAUUCCCCUGGAUGUAGUCUGAGUCCCAUUAACUCAUCUGUUAUCCUGCUAGCUGUAGAAAUGUAACCUGACAUUAAACACUGUAAUCUUAAAAG